CAUGGCUCUUGCAACUUGACUAUCAGUGAACGAACGCCAUACCUGUGAUUUGUGUUGAAAGAUGCAUCCUUUAUCAACGUAAGGACACCUUCCAUGAAUCAUUUCAUUCCUGCAAGGAAUAUUGGUGGAGAAAAUGGACGAAUCUGGAAAACAUGUUAGCGUGAAAGGUUUUCAAUGAGUAUGUACUAGAAAGACACAAAAUGAUUUUUUAAAUUCCAAAAAUAAGUGUCUAUUUUCUAGUAAGCAGAUUUUCGUACGUUUUUCCUCCAUUUUUCCUUACAUAGUUUUAUUUACUGUGGUGGUGCUUUAAAGGUCGGACAUUCCCAAUACAUAUAAUGAUGAAACGAAGCUGUGCAAGUAUUUGCUGGCUUUUAAGACUCAAAAAAGCAAAGAAAUGGAAUUUUUAAUGAAUAUAUACAUAUAUAUAUAUAUAUGUAAGGUGCCUUUUUUAUAAUUAUAUUUCUUCCUCUUAGGUGUUGUAGACAGGUAAGUAACCCAAAAACGUUGUCUCAGAAACAUGAUUUGAACAAGAAGGAAUGUAUUUAAAGCUCUUUUCAUCUCCCUUUGCGACUACCUUCUCUUUCAAAUGGGGUUGAACUGAAAGAUGGAGGACGUUUACAGUACUGCUCAAAUAACAGCAAUAUUUUCGUCGAAUUCAACCUUGAAGAUGAUUUGAGCGUAAAAAUGAUUCUGCGUCUUUUCUUUCAAUCCAAAAAAAGAUCAUUCUUUUUAGUUCAGUGUUUAGUUCAUUACGUUUCAUUCUCAUAUGGUCCUUGGCCUCUUGGAAACGUAAUGCUCAUUGGGAACCUGUUUAUUGUUGUCCAUUAAUUUUGGAAAUUACUUAAUUUAUUCCUCAGCGAUCCAAUUCGUAUAAUUUGGUAAACUCGGGCAAAGGGAUAUCAUCCUUAUGGAUCAUUUUUCUUCCUUAUAAGAAAGCAUUCUACAAUACGUUGCACUUGGAAACAAUUAAGCUCGGAAACGUUAUGUGAAUCUUUGCUUUAUGCCUCAAGGACAAUAAUAAUUUAGGGUGCUUUACCCAUUACUUUUAAAGAUAAAUUCGAUCGUCGGCAGAUAGAUGCUAAUUUUUUAGGAAUUAUAUUAUUCAUUUUUAUUAUGUCUAAUUUAAUUUCUGUCUAGCUAUUUUACGUCUUGUCUGUAUGCUUUCACGGAUACAUGCACUAAGAAAAUUUCCUUAGCAACUAUACCUUCCCAAUGCCUUGCAAGUUUUUUCUACUUCAAGGAUCUCUAUAUGGAAAGUUUUAUCGUGAACAGUUCUUUUCACGGGUGUUAGACAAGUCAACUUGGAAGGUAUAUGGAUGAUGGUUCCCAUCGGCACUCUGCUGCACCGGUAGUCUGCGUAGUAUAAUUACUCAAGAUUUAUUUAUAUGUGAAGGAAAUGGCGCCUUUUAAGAAAACGAAAUAUAGGUCUAUAUAUUUCUCUUAAUAUUCUUUGAAGUUCUUUGCGCUUUUUUUGGUAAACACGUGAAUCAUCCUGGACCCUUAUUUGAAUUGUAAUUCUGAUUGCAAAUAAAUUAGCUCAACUAUUAGACUUUCUUUCUUUUCUUGUUUAUUUCUUUUUUGAGUUUACGAAAGUACCUUCUGUUUGGAUGGUAUGUUGAAAGUGUUUUCAAAUCGCCAAAGAUGAAUCUUCUCAAUAUGUUUUCUUCAUUAAACAAGACAAGUUCUAAAACGUCUAAAGAAGUUGCGGAUCUUGAAUUGGGUUCACACUCUUCCUCCAAUAUCGAUCAUAGAUCUAGUAUCAACGAAAAGAAGGAGCAAGAGGAGCAUGUCAUUAGUAGCAUUGUUGAUCUUAUAUCCCCGGAUCAUCCUGCUCACCCUCAAAAUUGGCCUUGGUGGAAGCGAUGGUUGAUUAUGAUUGUAUAUUGCGCUCUACAAAUAUAUGUCAUUUGGACGAGUAAUGCCUAUGGAAGCAUUUCUGAAUCUGUAGGAGACCACUUUCACGUUUCCCCACAGGUUUCCACUUUAAAUCUUAGCAUGAACAUCCUGGGCAGUGGAUUGGGUCCUAUGUUUCUGGGCCCUUUGUCCGAUAUCAAUGGUAGAAAGCCUGUCUAUUUUUUCUCAAUAUUACUCUAUGUCAUAUUUAACAUAUCUUGUGCAUUACCCAGAAAUAUUGUUCAAAUGGUUAUUUCCCACUUCAUCAUAGGUCUCGCCGGAAGUACAGCUUUGACAAAUGUUGCUGGAGGAAUUCCAGACAUCUUUCCCGAUGAUAAGUCUGGAACUCCUAUGUCUUUGUUUGUUUGGGCCUGUGCAGGUGGUAGUAUUGGUGCUCCCAUGGCUACAGGAGUUGAUUCGAAUCCCAAAUUUGGUUGGCGCUGGGUUUAUUAUAUCAAUAUCAUCGUCGGUGGAUUCUUUUUAUUCGUAAUUUUUCUUUGUCCCGAAACUCUACCUAUAAAGGUCAUAUCCAGGUAUGAAAUAGCAAAAGGGCGAACCAUUGAAACUCUUCCUAAGGUUACAACUAAACAGGUAUUUCAGAAUAUAAAGUUCAUCAGUACUAUGGGAUUUCGCAUGAUUUUCACAGAACCUAUCAUAAUUACUAUGGGCCUUUAUAACUUUUAUGCUUACGGUAUCAGUUACUUCUUUUUGGCGGCGAUCUGGCCUGUGUUUAAUGGGACUUACAGAAUGUCCUACAUGGGUGCUAGUUGUACAUAUCUUGCUGGUUUAGUAGCCUAUUCCGUUUUGUUUUGCUAUCAGCCUAUUCAAGACUGGAUUUUUCGAAGAAGCAAAAAAAACAAUCAUGGAGUCGCGGUUCCAGAGGUUCGCUUUACUAGUUCGUUAUUUUUUACAUUACUUUUUCCAGCAGGUAUGUUUUUGUUUGCUUUUACCUGCUCUCCUCCGUUUCAUUGGAUGGUUCCCAUUGUGGGUCUUGCCAUGUCUAGUGUAGCCAAUUCACAUAAUUGGCUUUGUAUUCUAAAUUAUUUAACUGAUUGCUAUCCUAUAAUCUCAGCAUCCUCUGUAGCUGCUUUUACUCUCCCUUCUUUCGUUGGUGCUGCCGUUUUCGCUCACAUUAGUAUCAUAAUGUUCGAUAGAAUGACUACAAGAUGGGCCGUUGCUACUAUGGCAUUUAUCAGCAUCACUAUUCCCUUUAUAAUCUACUCUUUCUAUUUCUUCGGAGACAAAAUUCGUGCUCGCAGUGCCCUGACGGGAACAAAAGCCAUUAAAUAUUUGCCAAUUUCGGACUGAGUAAAAGCCGUGGUACGUUUAAUCUUUUCUUAUGACUUACCUUAUUAUUUCCUUUGUCUCUUUUAUUUCUUUUAAGUAAAUUAAUACCCUUUAUAAUGGUGAUAUCACCAUGUCAGACGAAAGUGAAAUUGACAUGGGAAUAAUGAUAAAUGAUGAAUCUUGAACAUUCGCAUUGAAUUAAGUACGGGUAUCUACACUAAUUAUUUGAGAUGCAGUAGGUGUUAUAGGUACUCAAUAAAUUUCAACAUGCCUGAUUGACUAAGAUGUAUCGAUAAACAAGUUGCUUAGCUCGACCAGCACAAUAUCCUAUCAGGAUAUUUUGCUAGACAGUCUCGUUGUAUAUAUAUGUAUAUCUGCAUUCCAGUAAAUUAACAAGGAAUUCUAACUC